AGAAGCUUAUUAUUGCUAGAAUCGAGUAGUAAUAGUAAAAAAUGCACUUAUUCAUAUUAUUUGAUAUUCAAAUUUCUUUCUCAUUUUUUCGAUAUUAGAUUAGAUACAAUAUUUUCUACAAUAUUAGAUAACCAAGCAGCCACAAUCACUUCUAAUGCCAACUAAGUAAUACUUACUUUGUUUGCCCUAUUACAGUUUAAGAUACUUGACAUAUUUUUAAGCUUCAGUUAGGCUAAGCAAACAAUAUUAUGGCACUUGCCACAUUGUAGACAUGUCCAUGGAGUCACCUACCUAUAUAACAUUACUUCGUCUAACACUCUCAACAAUGGCUGAAACUACCACUGACAUCCACAAAAGUAAUGGUCCAAUUCUCAUCCUUAGUUUGACACCAAGCUGCACUGGCUUACACUUUCAGCAUUAUAUGGCAAAUUGACAGUAGCUAUUCCUAGCUCAGAGGAAAGGUUCCUAUUUGACACCACGAUGAAUCCUUAGACAUUGUUCUAGCUUUUUUUCUUUCCAUUUUUUUUUUCUUUUUUUCUGGAGUUGCAAUGUGUUAGAAGAAGUAUGCAUUCUAAAAAGAUCCUUCUUACUAUAAAGGUUGACUGGCCAA